GGGGGCGGGAAGCAGCGGUGCUCGUCUCAAAGUAGCAUCUCGUUCCCUACCUGCGCACAGAGGGACCCGGCGUGUCGCGGCUGCGAUGCCUCUGUUCAUUUUCUGUUGCUGCUAUCACUGCUCCUGAGGAACCGAAGCCCUCAGUCCAACAGCCCAUGAGGAACUGAAUUGUGCCAACAGCCACACGAGUGAGCUUGGCAUCAGACCCACCCCUGUGGAGCCUCAGGAUGCUUCCAGCCUGUGUGAGACCCUGAACAGAGGAGCUGGAUGAAAGCUUUCAUGUGAAGCAGACACGGCCCCGCUGUUAGCGAACGCACACAGAUGAAGACACCGAGGGUUAGAGCAGAAGCAACCUGUUCCAGAGCCGGAUUCGGCCGUCCGACCCAGAGCCCAUGCUCCUCAACAGGAAGCGGAAGGAAGAAGGGAUGGGUGACAACUUGGAGCGCCUCUCCGUGCUGACAUGAUGACAAUGUGCAGGCUGGCCAGCGGCAGACACAGCCAGACUGAAAACCCAAGCUACAAAUUGGCUGACAAGGUCAAGGUGGAAGGUCCAAAGGCCGGGGAAGACCCUCGAAGGCAGCCGUUUAGCUCUUCCGUUCCUUUCCUAGAGACGGAUCAGGAUUCAGCCCUCCGCAGGAGCCCGCUGGGAAGCCUCAAUAACCUGAUGUUCCACACAAGAGUUGACUGUUGUCACCAGAACAUGUUGAGCUCUAAUCUGAUCAUCAGCGACCCCGCCUCACAGCUCGGUGCCAAAGAAGCCAGCAGGGCUGGCAGGAGGCAGCUCAGCGGCCUUCAGGACUCCUGCCCCCCUGCCCGAGGCGGAGCCCGGCAGGCGUCCCUCAGCAUCAAGGACAAGAUAUCAGAAUGGGAAGGGAAAAGGGAGGCGCCCACUCCUGCACCUGGCCGGAAAGCAGACGGGCAAGAGGAUUACCUGCCGUCCUGUGUGACGAAGCGGAGAAGUAGUGAUGGUGUGAGGACUCGGGCCACGGAGACUCAGAAUGGAACGAGGCUGGAAACAGAGAGCAAAGAGAACGAGAGGAAUAAAAGGGCGGUGGAAGUCGGGGGACAGGGCGCAGGGAGGAGGCCAGACCUAAGCCAGCCAGCCGGGGAGCUGGCGCCCAGCUCGGGCAGAGGUCGGGAGCCGAGGCUUGGCAAACAGCGCUUCCAGAACGACAGCCUGUCUGUGCUGAAGCAGGUCAAGAAACUCGAGCAGGCUCUGAAGGAUGGGUCAGCGGGGCUGGAUCCCCAGUUACCAGGGACAUGUUACUCCCCACACUGCCUGCCGGACAGGGCCGAGGACGGGUCCACCCUCAUGGAGAGCCAUGGGGGCGUGAGUGGCUCCGAAGCCAGGCCCCCCCACUUGGACCUGGAAGCCAGGGAUCCUGCCCUUGGGCCUUCGGAGGGGAGGCGAGGCUCGUGCGGGCGGCCCUGGGACCAGAGCCCGGAGAGUGUGUACAGGGCCUUCCCCUCAAAACCCUUCAUCAACCCCCUGCCCAAACCACGGAGGACGUUCAAACACGAUGGAGAAGGGGACAAGGAUGGGAAAGCAGGCAUCAGCUUGGGGAAAGAUAGAAGGAACCUGCCUCCUCUGCCCUCUCUGCCUCCCCCGCCCCUGCCUUCCUCUCCUCCACCCUCCUCUGUGAACAGAAGACUAUGGAACGGGAGGCCGAGGCCCAGUGCGGACCACAGAAAGUCCUAUGAGUUUGAAGACUUACUGCAGUCCUCUUCUGAGAACAGCAGGGUCGACUGGUACGCACAGACUAAGCUGGGGCUCACGCGCACUUUAUCAGAGGAGAACGUCUAUGAAGACAUCCUAGACCCACCAAUGAAGGAAAAUCCUUACGAGGACGUUGAAUUACAUGGUCGCUGCCUGGGGAAGAAGUGCGUCUUGAACUUUCCUGGUUCCCCCACAUCUUCCAUCCCUGACACGCCCACCAAGCAGUCAUUGUCCAAACCUGCUUUUUUCCGGCAAAAUUCAGAGAGGAGGAACUUCAAACUGCUGGACACUAGGAAGCUGAGUCGGGAUGGAACUGGGUCCCCUUCCAAACUCAGCCCCCCCUCCACCCCCAGCAGCCCUGACGACACCUUCUUCAACGUGGGAGACCUGCAGAAUGGCAGGAAGAAGAGAAAGAUACCCAAGCUGGUGUUGCGAAUCAACGCCAUCUAUGAGGCCCGGAGAGGAAAGAAGCGGGUGAAGAGGCUGUCCCAGUCCGCGGAGAGCAGCUCAGGAAAAGUAACUGAUGAGAACAGCGAGUCUGACAGUGACACCGAGGAGAAGCUGAAAGCUCACAGCCAGCGCCUGGUCAGUGUGAAGUCACGCCUGAAGCAGGCCCCGAGAUACCCAUCGCUGGCCCGGGAGCUCAUUGAGUACCAGGAGAGGCAGCUCUUCGAGUACUUUGUGGUGGUGUCGUUGCACAGGAAGCAGGCCGGGGCCACCUACGUGCCAGAGCUCACCCAGCAGUUCCCUCUGAAGUUGGAAAGGUCUUUCAAGCUCAUGAGAGAGGCCGAGGACCAGCUGAAGGCUAUCCCCCAAUUCUGUUUUCCGGAUGCCAAGGACUGGACUCCCGUCCAGCAGUUUACCAGUGAAACGUUCUCAUUUGUCUUAACUGGAGAAGAUGGGAGCAGAAGGUUCGGUUAUUGCCGAAGACUGCUGCCUGGAGGCAAAGGGAAGCGUCUCCCUGAAGUGUACUGUAUCGUCAGCCGCCUGGGAUGCUUCAGCCUCUUUUCAAAGAUCUUGGACGAGGUGGAGAAGCGACGAGGCAUCUCUCCUGCCCUGGUACAGCCCCUCAUGAGGAGUGUCAUGGAAGCCCCUUUCCCAGCCCUGGGCAAAACCAUCAUUGUCAAGAACUUCUUGCCAGGAUCAGGCACUGAGGUGAUCGAACUGUGCCGCCCGCUGGACUCCCGGCUCGAACACGUGGACUUUGAGUCUCUCUUCUCUUCUCUCAGCGUCCGUCACCUGCUCUGUGUUUUUGCCUCCAUUCUCCUGGAAAGGAGGGUCAUCUUCAUCGCAGACAAGCUCAGCACGCUGUCCAAGUGCUGCCACGCCAUGGUGGCAGCCAUCUACCCCUUCGCCUGGCAGCACACCUACAUCCCCGUGCUGCCACCGGCCAUGAUUGACAUCGUGUGCUCGCCGACCCCCUUCCUCAUCGGGCUACUGAGCAGCUCACUGCCGCUGCUCAGGGAGCUGCCACUGGAAGAGGUCCUGGUGGUCGACCUGGUCAACAGUCGGUUCCUCAGACAGAUGGAUGAUGAGGAUUCCAUUCUGCCCCGGAAGCUUCAAGUAGCCCUGGAACACAUCCUGGAGCAGAGGAAUGACCUGGCCAGUGACCAGGAUGAAGGGCCCCCCGACUGCAAGCAUAGCCCCGAGUCCAGCCCCUUGAACGAGGUGGUGUCUGAAGCCUUUGUCCGCUUCUUCGUGGAGAUCGUGGGCCACUACUCCUUGUUCCUGACGGCAGGCGAGCGCGAGGAGAGGACCCUGCAGCGAGAGGCCUUUCGCAAAGCCGUCUCCUCCAAGAGCCUCCGCCGCUUCCUGGAGGUUUUCAUGGAGACCCAGAUGUUUCGGGGCUUCAUCCAGGAGCGGGAGCUGCGCCGGCAGGAUGCCAAAGGUCUGUUCGAGGUCCGAGCCCAGGAGUACCUGGAAACACUCCCCAGUGGAGAACACAGUGGUGUCAACAAGUUCCUGAAGGGACUAGGCAAUAAAAUGAAGUUCCUCCACAAGAAAUAACGCUCCGCCCAGCCUCAAAGGACAACUUUCUCCUGGAGCAACCACCGUGUCUUAAAAUCGGUCCUGAUGGCCUUUCUGAAACAUUGGGUCCUCGGUUGUCACAGGUGCUGGGGAAAGGCCAGGAUGGUUUCCAGCCACUGCUGGGUUGUCCCCAGGCUCCGGAUCCCAGAGCUGCCAGAUAGGUGCCAUGUCUUCAGAACAGCACUGGAGGGGACCUGAGGCCAGGCCUGUCAGUGACAUUCAGACGGAUUAUGUGGGUUGUUGAUUUCUGGAGUUUUGGUUUUUUAAAGCUUAGGUAUUAAACAAAGGAAAAGUGUUUGGGUUUUCUUUUUGUUAUGCCAGGUCUAAGAAAACUUGUCAUCUUUCCUUGGCCUGUCCUACCCGGCAGCCAAGAGGAGAGGAAGCGAUGGAAAGCAGCAGCGGUCAGGGACUUAGCACCGAGGCGCUUGCUCCUCUGGGCGCAGCUGGGGACAAAUGCGGGCGUCAGGGAGGAGGGCUGUGGUGGCACCUCAGAAGCUCAGAUUUCAGGGCCUGAGUCCCCUGGGGAAAGGAUUGGUUCCAAGGAUUUGGCUCCCUGGGGUGAGCUGCGCUUCCAGAGUGGCCAGUGAUGCCACCUGGUGGCCGAGGCCAUUGUCACACCACCGACUGCUCUCCCAAUGGACCUGACUUCUGGACUUGCCUCUUUUCUCUUAGAAGCCAUAGAAACGUCCACUGCCUGAGCCAUCCGUGACUUUUGAGGUACACACAAAAAGAGGAAAUCGUCAGAUCUGUUAGUAAUUGUUCUUAGGUUCCUAAAGUUCACGAUCAUGAAAUAUCACAGAGCCCAUCUGAAAACAUAUAUAAGCCACGGCUUUUACCCUAUUCCCGUUUAUACUCAUAAAACGUUCCCAUCUCACUCUAGGGGCCCAGAUCAGCGUAACCAAAUCGGCACAUGGAUAAAUGGAGGGACUACCGUUACUGGUGUUAACAAGAGGGGCCAUCGAAGUCUGGGGGCACUUCAUUGGACUUGCGCAGCCCUCAGGGCAGGCAGCUUGCCGCCCGUGCAUCAGAGCAGAGAGGUGCAGAAGGCAGAGUGCUGAGUGCUGUCCUGCAGGGAAGCCAGUGGGAGGCAGGGAGAGAACAGUGAGCAGCAGCACAAGCAAGCUCUCCAAGCAGAACCCGGGGCCACCACUGAGGCCCACCCACCGCUGCUUACCCCCUCCAGAUACCAGCAACCCCAACAAAAACACAAAAGCCGUGUGCUCUGAUCAUGGCAGUGGCCCAGGGGCCUGUGCUGCCUGGCAGAGGCUCUUACCCAUUAGGGAGUUGGGAGAAAAGGGUCUUCUGAUGGGGAAAAAAAAAAAAGAACCAGAAAAAACUGAGGAGGUUGACCUCUCAUUGCACAUUAGGGCUUCUUCCCUGGACUCAUGGACCAUCUCUCCCCCAAUGUAUCCAAGAUUUGGUGUGUCCAUCCAUUUCUCAGGGGAGAGGAUGCAUAGUUUAUAUCAGAAUCUCGGAGAGGCCCGAGGCCCCCAAAAUGGUAGUAGCCAGGCUGUGCCUAACAGUUAACCUGGGUAGGCAUGUGUCUGGGGGUUUGGGGGAAGACCUAAUGGGAAUCUCUGAGUGUGGGGGUUCAGGAAUUUGUGCCUAACAAGCUCCUCAGAUUAGCUAAUUUUAUUAAUGCCAAUAUUCUGCCCAGAGGUGAUCACUUCUAAUAUUUUGGAAUAUACUUUCUUUUCUAACUUAUUUCAUAUUAUAUUGUUUACUUAACACCUCCAAGUGAAUAAAUAUACGUCUUUAUUAAUA